CACACACUCGCAUUGGGUGCUGGGAAAACCACUUGGAGGAAGUGAGAAAGAGACAGAAGACAAAAACCCAUUCAAUUGACUUUUUUUUUUUAAUCCAGCAUUUUGAGUAUUUAGUAGGUGUUUGGGCGUGUAUUGAUGGGUAAGGUGCGUGCGGACGCAGGGCCCUUUGCUCGUAGGCCAGAUAACUCUGCGUUUAAACAGCAGCGGCUGCCAGCCUGGUCUCCCUCCCUUACUCCAUACACCGUGCUGCCCGUCUUCUACUUCCUCGCACUCGUGUGUGUGUUACUGGGUGUUUGGCUGCUUAUCACUGUCCAGAACACACACCAGCUGAAGAUUGACUACACAGAUGCUGGAGCAUGUGCCACUUGCGCUGAGAUGCGCAAUGAUCCCACCAAAGCCAAGAUGAAUUGUGACUGCGUAAUCAACUUCAAUGUCCCGAAGACCUUCCAGGGGGAUGUGUUCAUCUACUAUGGCCUGAUAAAUUUCCACCAGAACCUGCGCAGGUACAUAAAAUCCCGUGACGAUGACCAGCUGGUUGGGAGAAAGAACAGCCUGAAGUCCCCCAGUUCAUACUGUGAGCCGUUUGCUUAUGAUGAAAAUGCAGUGCCUAUCGCUCCCUGUGGUGCCGUGGCUAACAGCAUGUUCAAUGACUCGUUCACACUAACAUACCAUCCACCUGCUGGUGCUGCAGUCAACGUUCCACUGUACAGGAAGGGAAUCACCUGGUACACGGACAAAAAUGUAAAGUUCCGCAACCCCUCAACAAACACGACACUCCAGCAGGCCUUCCAAGGUACUGCACAGCCACCUUUCUGGCAGAAGCCGGUAUAUGAGUUGGAUCUUGAUCACCCUAACAACAAUGGUUUCAUAAAUGAUGAUUUGAUUGUGUGGAUGAGAGAGGCAGCCUUCCCCAACUUCAAAAAGCUCUAUGGCAUUCUGAACCGUGCUCACACCACCUUCUCAUAUGGCCUGCCUGAGGGAAACUACAGCAUUGCCAUCAACUAUAAUUUCCCUGUUCAAUAUUUUCAGGGCAGAAAGGAAGUGGUGCUUUCUACUGUGAGUUGGUUUGGUGGACAGAACCACUUCCUGCCCAUUGCGUACCUGGUGAGUGGAGGGCUGAUCUUUAUAGUAGCCAUCGUUCUCACUGCGGUCUAUGUGAAGGUGGGCCGCAGUGGUAAGAACAUGGAGGAGUAAGAGAAUGGACAAAUACGAUGAAUUUUUAAAAGGACCAUACGAACGUGGAGGCGUGCAAAGGUGAUUAAGGACAAAUAUGCAGCACAUUAGCUUAGUACUAAGCUGGUUAAUUUAAAGUUAGAACAGAAUUUUAUUGUUGGCUCAAAACUGGAAUUAAAUGGAAAUUCCACAGAUUUAAAAAAAAUUAUCUGCAACAUUCAGUCACUGAGAUGUGAGUCAUUCAGGGUGGUUUUAAUUGAAGUGGUUAAUUGUAGAGAAACUCACUCAGAUUUUAUUUACAACAGUAGGUUAUAAUAACUGCAGUACAUACAUCGGUUUUUAUUUACUAUCUAAAAUGAUCAAUGAACCUACAAGUGCCUUUUUUAUGUGUAACGUUAAUAAUGUAGUAAAAAAAAAAAAGUAAAUCCGGAAGAGUGGUGGUUCCCCUUUGGAAACUACUCAGUUUUCCGUAAUCCUGUACGUGCUUUUCUGGCUUUUACAAAAUAUGCCAAAACCUUGGUUAUGCCACAGUGUGUGUGUGUGUGUGUGUGUGUGUGUGUGUGUGU